AUGCCAUGUGAACGUGAGGAGAAUAUGAGUAUUACCUCACACGGUGUGCCUGCAACCGCGCCAAUGUCCGAAUGUACGGCCUUGAUAAGAAAGUGCAUGAAAAACUUGCUCAGUCAGACGGCCCCAUCGAGUACACGCGAGUCCAUUAAACAGGGAAACGGUCGCUAUAGCCGCUGCCAGAGACGUGAUCCCCGCGAUUUUCAGAAGUCGGUCCAUCGUCAGUCCAGCGGAGACGGGCCUACUGAGAAACUCGGCAGACCGGUGGCACAGCCACAAAGGAAAGUGUCUUAUCCCACUAAAAUGUCGGUUAAUAUAAUAACACUAGCUCAUGCCACCGAUGCUGAUGGAGAGCAGUCUCGGGAUCCAGACACAAUUGACCGUAAACGCGCCGGAAGCGUCAUCUCCAGUGCAAGUGCAGCAAGCAGCGAGUAUUUAUACGGCGGCUGCGAUCAGAUGCGGCGACAACGAUCUGCUGAGUGGCACAGCCAUCGCCACGGCCACGGCUAUGGAAGCAGCAGUGACGACGAAUACCAGAACACGGCCCAGCCCGCAACGUUUGAUACGCAGCUUUUGGCCCAGUUGCUUCUCCAAAGCCAGCAGUUGGCAAGCAUGGAACACUACAAUUCGGACUGCAAGCCGGAGUAUUUAAGACAGCGAGACCGUCGAUUGGGAGGGGGAGGCCCCGUGACGGCAGUCCCUGGUCAGGCAGUGACCUACGCCCAACCGCAUCAAGGCACGACGGGCUCGCCACUAGAGCUAGCCACCGUGUCGACCAGCGAAUAUCAAUCCAAUGCCAAUCUAGGCCUAUUUCCCAGCAGCAGUGCCACUUCGACAGCAACAGAUACAGCUGCAGCUGCAUCUACAGCCGUUGCUAUACCACGCAGUACAAAUCCCUUCUUAAGCGACAAAUUCACGGCGGACGAUGAGUCCACAGGCACGGUCCUGUUGCCCGCCUCGGCCUCCUCUUCGACGGCUGCCUCAAGCCGCAGUCGGAGCCCCCGGAGCAGCGGAGCGGCACGCAGUACGCUGAAUCGCUUGAGUGGCAUGACCAGCUCCAGCAGUGGUGCAUCGGCCUUGUCCGUCAAUCGCAGCGAUUCAUUGCGACAGCGACAUCCGAGUCAAAGUCAUAGCCAGGCGCAGCAUUCGCACCCGAACCAGGUGAGCGGCGUCAGUGGUGACGCCGAUGGAAAUGGCGAGGGAGACUUUGACGAUUUUUCCGGCAUCAGCGGGGAGUCAGAACCACCGCAAGAUCCGGGCCCGCCAGAGAUACCACCGCGCACGCAGUCACUGCUAAUGUCUUUGCGCAAGCACUCGGACUACAGGCUCAAAUAUGAGGAAAAAGGGGACCAAAAACACGAGGAAUUCAUCCCAACCGUCAAGCUUCAGAAGAAUUAUAUUAUCAGCAAUAACUUACGAUCAACGGAUCAGCAGUUUAAAACUCAUUCGCCAGUCGACACGCAGGGGCCCGAUUCCUUUGAUGUUGAAAGCUUUAGGACUGCCGUAGAUAACUCUGUUGGCACGCUGCAGUCGAUUGACCGCUAA